UCAUCUCACAACUUAGUCGAAUUCGUUUUGAAAAUGUUUUCACACAUGUUAAGUUUACAUAUAAAGAGCUUUUUGCAGAGAUCGUACAGGUUUUCAAGAUCAGCCUCAUAUUUCCAGCAUACCCACGAUCCAAAUGUCGCAAGAUCCCUUCCCAACCAAAACGUUGCUAAACCUGAAGAAAUUGACAUUGUAUCAAAAGAGACGAGCGCAUAUUUUAAAUCUCUACUACCAAUCCUAGUGGAUGACUUAACUGAUGCACCAGAUUUUAAAAAACAUCCAGAGGUUGGAAGUGAAUUCCGAAAGAUGUUAGAGUACAAUAUACCACACGGAAAGAAAAUUCCCGCCUUCUUACCGAUAGCGUUUUAUACAUCAAUCGAAGAUCCCAAUAAGUUAAGCGAAGAAAAUAUUAGAUUGGCGCAUAUCGUGGGUUGGUGUGCGCAGAUGUUGCAUACUAGUUACCUACUGCUGGAUGACAUUCAAGACGGUUCUCAAACGCGUCGUGGAUUACCCUCUUGGUAUUUGGUGGAAAAUGUUGGAAUGCGAGCGAUUACUGAUGCAAUGUGGAUAGAUAAUGGAAUAUACACGAUUCUAAAAAAAUACUUCAAGAAUCACCGCAACUACAUCUCGCUUGUUGAAUUGUUCCACAAGACGAAUAUAAAAGCUUAUAUGGGACAAUGUGGAGAUUUGAUUUACAGCAGAGGUAGUCCAACGUAUUUUCAAUCGUAUAACAUAAACACGUAUAACUACAUCGUACGCUAUAAAUCCGGUAAUCUCUUUGCACUACUCGUUAGAUCUGCAUUACUAUUAUGCGGUAUAAACGAUGAGGUUUUACACGAACAAGUAAACAGCCUUAUGAUGGAAAUUGGAAGGCACUAUCAAUUACAGAAUGAUUACUUGGAUUGUUAUGGCCAUAAAGCUGCAACGGGAAGGGAUAGCAAUGACAUUCAAAAAGGUAGAUGUACAUGGUUCAUAGUAAAGGCGUUAGAACGAGCAUCCCCAGCACAAAAAACUGUCCUAGAACAAAAUUAUGGCGUGCCAGAUGAUAAUGCUGUUUUAGUAGUUCGUUCCGUAUACGACGAGCUUAAUCUCCAAAAUUUAGCUUUGAUCCAUGAAGACGAAUCUGAUAAGCAAAUUCGAUCACUAAUAGAUCGGCUACCCCAGAAACUACCUCAUGAGUUAUUUGUGAAAGUAAUGCGUAUUUUUUAUAGAAGGAGCGGAUGAAUG